AUGCGUACCAACUACAUUUUCUCGGCUCUUGCCCUGGCCCUUCCCGUAUUCUCGGCUAGCUCCACUAGUAAGGGCUGCUACUCCGAAGUUGAAUCAUUCAAGAGUCAAGGUCCCUACACCUUCCAAUCGCCAGGAUACUGCCAGUCCGAAUGCGCACGCAAAGAGUUCAAGAUCGCUGCUCUCAGCCGUGGCAAUGUUUGCUACUGCGGCGAUAAAGUCCCCUCGGACUCCGCUAAGGUCGCCGACGAUAAGUGCGACAUGACCUGCCCUGGAUGGCCUGACGAAACCUGCGGCGGCAAGGAGACUUACAACGUCUUCGAGGCGAAUGAGGACCUUAAAUCCUCUGGAAAUGCCACAUCUAGUGCACGCAUUCCUGCCACCGCUGCUGGCGGAAUCGUCGUCGCGCCUUCGGCAACUGCAACAUCAACCGGUAUUAUGACCGCCAACGCUUCCAAGUCUGCUGCCUCUGGCUCUGGCGCUUCGUCCACUGCCUCCCCCACGCCCACGAACAACGCUGCCGGAACAGUCCGUGCGGGCUCAUCCCUUCUCGGUGCUGCUAUUGCGGGUAUGGGCUUGCUUCUGUGA